AUGAGGAUAGCCAUCCUCCUGAGCCUUCUGUUCCACAUGGCAGCUGCUUUUCACCAACUACAUUACCUGGUGGUGAUCCCUGCAGAUCUCCGCUAUCCAUCCACCCAAGUUGCCUGCCUCCAUAUCACCUGUUAUGAAGCAAAGCUUCAAGUGAAUCUAGUCCUGGAGCGCUCUGCAGGACGUGAGCUCUUAGCGCAAGAAACUAUCCAGAAGGAGAAGACUUUCAUGUGCGCUAAGUUCUGGGUUGCACCUCCAGAUAAUGGCACAGAGGAGAUUGCCACCGUCAAACUGAUCAUCACAGGCGAAGCCAUCAAUGUCGAGGAGAAGAAAAAGGUCCUGAUCCGCAAGGCCAGCAGUGGUACUUUCAUCCAAACAGACAAGCCCAUCUAUCAGCCAGGGCAGACAGUGAAAUUUCGCGUCGUGACUCUGGAUGAGGAAUUCAUUGCACUCAAUGAUUCGAUUUCCCUGUUUCUCCAGGACCCUAAGAACAACCGGAUAGAGCAGUGGCUGAAUGUAGUCCCCCAAGACGGCAUUGCAGAUUUGUCUUUCCAGCUAAGUGAUGAGCCUCUGCUGGGGACAUACAUCAUCAACGUAACCAAUGCGAAAGUGUAUGGCAGCUUCUCCGUUGAGGAGUAUGGGCUGACAAAAUUUGAAGUGAUCUUUGAGGUGCCAAAUCAGAUUUAUGCACUAGAUAAAACCUUCCCACUCCGGGUAUGUGGCAGAUACACCUACGGGAAAGGUGUCCAGGGGAUGGUUCAUGUGAAACUUUGUCAGAAGAUAGCACCCUUCCUGCCCAGUGCUUCAAAACCUGAUCUCUGUCAGGAAUUUAACAACCAGACAGACAAGACUGGUUGCUUCUUCACAAAUGUGAGUCUGUCCUCUUUCAGCCGAGACUUUCGGUAUUAUCAGGACAGCAUAGUUGUAGAGGCCUCGCUGGUGGAGGAUGGCACAGAGAUACACGUCAAUGCUUCCCACAAAUUACUCAUCUCCAAGACUGGCGGGAUGGCCUUGUUUGGUGAUGUGAAUUCUUACUACCACACUGGAGAGAUGUACAGGGGGAAGAUUAAAGUCAUUGACUACCAAGGCAAGGCACUGAAGCACAAAAAAAUCCUCCUCGUAGUAAGCUGUGGUGAGCAGCAAUUUAAGCAGAUGUACAUCACUGGGGACUCUGGGACAGCUUCAUUUAGCCUGAACACAACUGCUUGGAACAGCACCUUGGCCUCCCUGGAGGCAAGUGUCCUGCAUCAAGAUUUGGAUAAAGAGCCUGGGACAGUUGAUUUGAGUUACCAGCGAGCCUCUCAUUUCAUACAUCCAUUCUACAGCACGAGCAGGAGUUUUCUCUCUAUUGUCCGUGUGCCGAAAACAAUGCCUUGUGGUAAAAAGCAGGCUGUCCAGGUGGAUUUCAGGAUUUACCAGGAGGACCUGGAACAUGGGCCCAAACGUGUCAUUUUCUCAUACUUUCUCACAGGGAAAAGAGGGAUAGUCCAUGCAGGUCAGAAGACUGUUUGGGUUGGGCUGCCAAGAAUGCUGAAAGGGUUCUUCUCCAUCCCUCUUACCUUCAGCUUGAUUGAUGCCCCAGCUCCAAGACUUGUUGUUUAUGUUAUCUUCCCUAAUGGAAAAAUCAUUGCUGAUUCUGCCAUCUUCAGUGUCUCCAUGUGUUUCAGAAAUAAGGUGGAGCUGGGCUUCUCAACGCCCCAGAUCCUUCCUGAUUCAGAGGUUGGUCUCCACCUUCUGGCAGCUCCUGGGUCCACGUGUGCUGUCUGGGCUGUGGAUCAGAGUGUCCUACAGCUGAAGCCAGGAGAAGAGCUCAGCACCUCCUUGAUCUAUGGGCUGUUCCCAUCUGUUUAUAACUCCAGGUAUCCUCGCCAAGUGUCUGAAGAUGAUCAUUCAUGCGGGUUCCCAAAUUCUGAUGAGCCUGAUGUGUUUACAGCAUUCAGGGAAAUGGGGUUGAAAAUUAUGUCCAACACCAACAUCAGGAAACCCAGAGUGUGUCCAACCACUCCAUCAACAACUAUGCUGCAGGAAACAGUAAUGUUUACUUCCAGGUCCAUGUGGAUGUUCACACAGCCCCAUAAAACACAUAACAUGGAGCAUCUGACCACAUCUACCUAUCAGCCUACUAUGUUUUCACCUGUUUCUUCAGCUGACGAGAAAGUCCACAAGCACUUCCCCAAAACCUGGAUAUGGGAUUUGUAUUCUGUGGGUCCCAGUGGGAGCAGGAAAACUGUUACUGUGCCUAACACCAUCACAGAAUGGAAAGCAGGGAUGUUCUGCACAGGACGUAACGGCUUUGGACUUGCUCCAACCUCCAGCCUGCUUGUUUUCAAGCCCUUUCUUGUGGAGCUCACACUGCCAUCUUCUGUGAUCCAGGGUGAGACCUUCAUCUUGAAGGCCAUAGUCUUCAAUUACCUGCAGCGAUGCAUGAAGAUCCAAGUGACCUUGAAGGAGCUUACACACUUCCAGCUGAAGCCAUGCAAAGGCUGUGUCUACAACAGCUGCUUAUGUGCCAAUGAAGACAAGACCUUUCAGUGGACUGUCACAGCUGAGCAACUAGGGCUCGCGAACAUCACCCUCACCACAGAGGCUGUGGCCACCAAAGAGCUCUGUGGUGAAGAGAUACCAUUUGUCCCAAACCAAGGACAGAAGGACACGAUCACCAAACUCCUUCUUGUCCGGCCAGAGGGAGUGUUGGUAGAAAAGGCUCACAGCUCCAUCCUGUGUCCCAAAAAAGGGAAUCCAGCACAGGAGUCUGUGUCCCUGAUGUUGCCUCUAAAUGUGGUUGAAGGUUCAGUCAGAGCCACCCUCUCCGUCACGGGUGACCUCCUGGGGACGGCACUGCAGAACCUGGACCACCUGGUGCAGAUGCCUCACGGCUGUGGGGAGCAGAACAUGGUGCUGUUUGCCCCCAUUGUCUAUGUGCUGCAGUACCUGGAGAAGACAAGGCAGCUGACCCCUGAGAUCAAGGAGAGGGCAACAGGAUUCCUGCGCAAUGGGAGGUGUGGAUGGGGAAGUCCCCUUGGCUGCCUACAUCACUGCUGCAUACUUGGAGGCAGGAGAGACACCAGAGGUGGGCAGAUCCACUGGAGUCAGACCUCAUCCAAGCCCAGACCCAGCACCAGCCCUUGGUCACAGCCACUGUCUAUGGAUGUGGAGUUGACAGCCUAUGUUCUCCUGGCCCUGCUUUCCAAGCCAAAUGUCACAGGCUCUGAUCUCACCACAGCCUCUGGCAUCGUCACCUGGCUCACCAGGCAGCAGAAUGCCUAUGGAGGGUUUGCUUCAACACAGGACACAGUAGUUGCCUUGCAGGCCUUGGCGAAGUAUGCAGCACUGACAUACAGCACAAAAGGGGUUGCAGAAGUGAGGGUGAGGUCCCAGAGAGGCUUUCGGAGGAAGUUCCAAGUCUCCUACCGGAACCGGCUAUUGGUGCAGGAGGCAGCACUGACAGAAGUCCCAGGAAAGUUCUCGGUGCAGGCCCACGGGAGCUGUUGUGUCUUUACCCGGAUGGUGCUGAGGUACAACACGCCCUCCACACAGGUUUCCACAUCCUUUGCCUUGCGAGUGAAAACCGAGCCAGCCAAUUGCACCGAUGCUGAUACACACUCUGUUACUGUCUAUGUCAAUGUCAGGUACACUGGGAAGAGAUCCACUUCCAGCAUGGUGAUCGUGGAGGUGUCCCUACUGUCUGGAUUCGUCCUGGCUCCAGGAUCUGGGAUGUCUCUGCAGCAUUGGCACCCUGUGAGAAGAACUGAGAAAACAAAAGGAGGUGUUGCCAUCUACUUGGACAAGCUGAGCCAUAAAUCUGAGACAUAUGUCUUGCAUCUGGAGCGGGAGAUUGGGGUGACCAACCUGAAGCCAGGCCAUGUCAGGGUCUAUGACUACUACCAUCCAGAGGAGCAGGCCCUGGCUAAUUAUAAUGUCUUCUGCAUCUGA